GUUGAGAUGUAUUAGUCGGCAAGGUAUUAUUGGUGGAGCUGGCUAGCUUUGGAAGAUAUUUGUAAUGCGUCGCAAAACCAGGUAGGAGUCAGCGAUAGUUUUCUUUUUUCAUAACAAAAAAGAAUCAAAAAAAAAAAAAAAAGAGAAAAGAAUGGGAAGCAUUGAUUGGGUAGGUGUAAGAUAGGGUUGUAGUUAAAGAAAGUAUGGAUAAAAAGGUAAUACUGAGGAAGAGCAUAUUAUGAAGUUGGAAAUUCAUUUAAUAGAAUAUUAAUGAGUGCUGGAUUGUAAUAAGUAAACAGUGAUUAGUAGUAAUUAGCAACAGUGAGGGUGAAGGAAGGGUACUGAAGCAUAGCAUAGAAACAGGGAAACUAAAAAAAUUGCCAAAAAGGCAAAUCACGCGAACACAAUAGUUGUAGAGUAUAGAGUCUGUCGAGAUCUCAUUCAUGAUCGGUGAUAAUUGUUGAAGAGAGAGAGACAGAGAGAGAGAGAGAGGAUGGGUUGUUGCCAAUCAUCGAUGUUGCUGAGAGUGGGAGAGAGGGAGACUCACCCUGAAAAGGAGAAGGAAAGGGAAAAGGAAAAAGAGCAAGCGUACGGAAACCACCAGAGGCAGUCUGAGGGAGGAGAGGGCGACGGCGAGAAAGAGGUGGUUGAUUUCUCGUUCUCGGAGUUCUCGCUGGCGGAGCUGAAGGCGGCCACCAACAAUUUCAGCUCUGAGUAUAUCGUGUCAGAGAGUGGGGAGAAGGCACCCAAUCUGGUGUACAAGGGUCGCCUCCAGAACCAGAGCCGUUGGAUUGCUGUGAAGAAGUUCAGCAAGUCUGCUUGGCCUGAUCCCAAGCAAUUCGUCGAAGAGGCUUCCGGCGUUGGUAAGUUGCGCCAUCCAAGGCUCGCUAAUUUGAUCGGUUACUGCUGCGACGGCGAUGAGAGGCUUCUCGUUGCCGAGUACAUGCCUAAUGACACUCUUGCCAAGCAUCUCUUCCACUGGGAAACUCAGACUAUUGAGUGGGCCAUGCGGUUGCGAGUGGCUCUGUACAUCGCACAGGCUUUGCACUAUUGCAGUUCUGAGGGGCGUCCCUUGUACCAUGACUUGAAUGCUUACCGUGUUCUCUUCGACCAGGAAGGUGAUCCUCGUCUCUCUUGCUUUGGUUUUAUGAAGAACAGCAGGGAUGGCAAGAGUUAUAGCACCAAUCUUGCUUACACACCUCCUGAAUAUUUAAGAAACGGAAGGGUCACGCCUGAAAGUGUCAUUUACAGCUUUGGAACCGUUCUUCUAGACCUCCUCAGUGGCAAGCACAUCCCUCCCAGUCAUGCACUUGAUAUGAUACAGGGGAAAAACAAUAUGCUCUUAAUGGAUUCACAUUUAGAGGGAAAGUUUUCAACAGAAGAGGCAACAGUAGUGGUUAAUCUUGCCUCUAAAUGUUUGCAAUAUGAACCUAGGGAGCGGCCUGAUACAAAGGAUUUGGUCACAACACUUGCCCCAUUGCAUACAAAACCCGAUGUUCGUUCUCACAUUAUGCUUGGAAUUCCAAAGCACGAGGAGGUUCCAUCAACCCCACAACGUCCUCUUUCAGCAAUGGGUGAGGCUUGUUCAAGAAUGGACCUAACUGCAAUACAUCAGAUCUUGGUUGCGACACACUACAGAGACGAUGAAGGAACUAAUGAGUUGUCGUUCCAAGAGUGGACUCAACAGAUGAGAGAUAUGCUGGAGGCAAGGAAGCGUGGAGACUAUGCAUUCCGUGACAAGGACUUUAAGACAGCCAUUGAUAACUAUUCCCAGUUUAUUGAUGUUGGAACGAUGAUCUCUCCAACUGUUUUUGCAAGGCGCAGUCUGUGCUAUCUGUUAUGUGAUCAACCAGAUCCUGCACUACGAGAUGCAAUGCAAGCACAGUGUGUUUAUCCAGACUGGCCCACGGCUUUCUACAUGCAAUCAGUUGCUCUUGCAAAACUGGACAUGCACAAGGAUGCGGCUGAUAUGUUAAAUGAGGCAGCUGCAUUGGAAGAGAAGAGGCAAAGAGGAGCAAGAUGAUCAUAGUUUUAUGCAGUGGGAUAAUUUGAGGGUGCCAAGUUCUGUAUAAAGGUUGAGCUGGGAAGCAAAACUAACGUUUGAAUCUGAGUUUAAAUGUGUCAGAGAAAUACAACAGUGGUGGAGUAGAUGGCACAUGCUCUUUAUUUCACCAUCUUAUAGGAAUCUGUUACAACUUGAAAACAACUGUGCUUAUGCACUCUAAAUUGGGAAGUAAUACCGGUAAUUUUUCCAUUGUUAAUGAAAUUGAUUGUUUGAUGCCUACUGGGUUACUUGCUGAUUGUCAA